AUGUUCUGUCUCCGGAGCUGGCUCCCCCUCCUCUUCAUCCCAACAAACGCCUCUCCCCUCUUCAUCAUCUCCUUCGUGACUCUAACCUACAUCCUCCACCGACCCUGCAUCUACUGCUCCGCGCUCCUCCUCAUCCUCUUCAUUUCCUCCUGUCACUGGUCCGACAAAUGUUUCUUCGAUCUCCGCGGUGACUGGUUCUCUCCGCGAUACUCCACCACCACCACAUUAGACACCACAUCAUCAUCCUCUGUCAACGAAACCCUCGCCAGCUACGUCUUCGAAACCGUCAACAGCACCACCAAGGCCCUUGCCGGCGCCGUCGUCGAAGAAGCGCAACGCAGACUCGCCCUGAAUGGAACGUUAGCCGCGGCGGCGUCGUCGUCGACGGGGACGGUGACGACUUCCGCGCAUGAUGAGUGGACGGGUAUUGGGCUUGAGUGGUUGAGGAGUCUUUUGGGGAGGAGGGAGUGGACGUUGCCGUGUGUGGAUGUUAAGGUGAGGUUGUAA